AUGUUAUCCUGCCGAAAAAAACCAAAAACCCCAGUCGCUGUUGUCAUUUGUUUCUUUUUAUGUUGGGCCCCAUUUCAUGCUCAACGGCUAAUUGCUGUCUAUGGUCCUGGGGUAAUAGCGGAUGGCGGCUCGGCACAUAGUUCGGAUAUUAAAAGCGACAUUAACGAUGCUGUGGCUGAUGUGGAAUUACUAACAAGCAGCGAAGAUGUCCGAGACAGUCUCAAGAGCAGCACCGUCAAUGUCAAUAAUAAUAGCAACAACAACAACAACAGCAACACCAAGGAUCAUCAUGAGGUCAUUUACACGGUGAUGACAUAUAUAUCGGGGGUGCUCUACUAUCUGUCGACGUGCAUUAACCCCUUGCUGUACAAUUUGAUGAGUAAUAAAUUUCGCCAGGCAUUUAAGUCAAUUCUAUUUGGCAAGAAAUCAACAGCACAACGUAGAUCUCAAAAUUCUCAUCGCAGCAUCGGCCGUAAAACCACCUUGACUUCAUCGUCUGGCCAAAGAGAUUCCAUCGAAUCCGAACUGCAAUCGAAGGUGUCAUUAAUGCAGACUGUAAUGAAUGAUCGGAAAAUAAAUAGCGAGGGAAUGAUUCCAUGAUCAAGUGUAC